CGGCGAUUCGGCGUCGCGAUUGUCGUUAGUAGUUUUUCCCCUCGAAAAAUGGUUAUUACGUAGUAGUUAGUAGUUUCCCCGAUCCACAUCGACUAAAGAAAAUACAACUCCGUUCAUACUUUCUUUUUUAGUAGAUCGAAUCACCUCGAAAUUGGAAUUACUUCGCCGGGUUUGUACCAAUCCGCUUUCGAGAUAUCGAGUUUCGGGGUAUCAAAACUACACAUUUGUAGAUUGAGUGGAGAGGAUUAAAAACUAGAAGUCUAGAAUGGUGUUGGUUCUAGCGAUCGGAGAUCUGCACAUACCUCACAGAGCCGCUGAUCUUCCGGCGAAGUUCAAGUCGAUGCUCGUCCCAGGAAAGAUUCAGCACAUAAUCUGUACUGGAAAUCUCUGCAUCAAAGAAGUUCAUGAUUACUUAAAGAGUUUAUGCCCCAGCUUGCAUAUAACUAGGGGUGAGUAUGAUGAAGAAUCUAAGUACCCAGAGACAAAGACUCUUACCAUUGGACAAUUCAAACUUGGUUUUUGUCAUGGUCAUCAGGUAGUUCCAUGGGGAGAUCUGGACUCACUAGCCAUGGUGCAGAGGCAGCUAGAUGUGGACAUAUUGGUGAGUGGGCACACCCACCAGUUUAAGGCAUACAAACACGAGGCCGGAGUUGUGAUCAACCCUGGUUCUGCGACUGGGGCACAUAGUAGCAUCACCUAUGAUGUCAACCCUAGUUUUGUUCUGAUGGACAUUGAUGGUCUCCGCGUAGUGGUAUACGUCUAUGAACUCAUUGAUGGAGAAGUCAAGGUUGACAAAAUUGAUUUCAAGAAGACUGCUGCACCCCCAUCUACACCCACUCUUUGAUGAUUCCUGCCACCAAAACUGUAGUCUGCCGUUUUUUAAAGGACUCCGUUCCUGUUUGAUCAUUAUUAGGACUUUUUGCCAACCUGAACAAUAAAAAAGUUGCUACAAUCACAG